AUGGAAGGUAGAGGGAAGCCUUGCCUUACUAAUCUCCCCACCACAGAUGACUGGUACCUUUCUCGAUACACUCGAGUAGAUGCUUUCAACAAGCCCCACUCACAGAUAGCUAAUGAGCUAGCUCUUUUAAAAAGAAACCAGCAGGAUGCGAUGUUUGGAACAAAAAGACCACCAAAGGUUCCCGAAAUGUUCGCAAAUGACUCAUGGAAUACUACAAUCUCGACUGUGAUCCCUGGGUACCCUCGAGGAGAGGCUGGGGAAUGUAGUUACGGGAGUUGGAGUGCGAUUAGCCCGUUCGUUAGAUCAAGGAGAGGCGGGAUGUAG